GAUUCGGUGAUCCCCAUAUCUCCCGCAGAAACCAUAUUAAUAUCAUUGGAUGAGAAGGAAGAAAAUGAAUUCCUGGAUAAAAAGCAUAGAAAAACGUUUAGUAAAGAGACAACUCAAAAUAUUAAGGAGAAGAAACUUCGAGAUCAAGAGAAAAUUAUAACUUCCCAGAAUACCGUUCCUAUUAUCUCCCGUGAACAAGGCUUUAUCCAGGAAAUAUCUGCAG